AUGGCUCAUUUCGAAUUCAUAGAAGCACCUUGCGAGCAUACUCUUGAUGACGAUGGAAGCUCUUCUGAUGAUGAUGAUGAUGGCGGAUCUCCAAAUGGUGAUGAUGCAGAUGUUACAGCUGAGCUCGAUCAAGCAAACGACGUUGACGACUUCGACGAUGACGACGAUGGAGGAGACGAUGACGAAGACGAAGAGGAUCUUGGUGAUUUUGAGGACGAAGAAAUUGAAGAAGCAGAGCGGCAGAUAAAUGGAAUGUUCCAAUGUUACGAGCGAAUCAGCAUUGAUAUCGAAGAGUGCAGCGGUGGCUCAGAAGACGAGAGUGAAAUUGAAUUCGCUUUGACAAGAGAUGAAAUUGCUUAUUUACAAGAUUUGGAGCAACAAAUGGCCUUUCUUGAAGGCGACUGCGAAGAAUCUGAGGACAAUGACGACUGCGGGAACGACUGCGAUGAAUACUGUGCCGAUGACAACAUGGAUGACCUCGAUUAUAGCAGCGUUGAGUAA